UACAUCCCAUCGGCAAUAAAAGGCGUAUUUUAGUAAUUUUGUAUAUGGUCACACCUGGAUAUUGCCUUUUACUUACGCAAACAGGGAUCGCUGUUUGUUUUUUUGGUAAUCAAUUAAUUAAUAAUGUCGCUUAUUGGUGCACUUUCCAGACUAAGCUUACAAAGCAGCGCACUUGCCUCGAGGUGUUUGCACACAACAACAGUGCUAUGCGCCGAGCCGCUGAAGAAAAAGAAGAAAAUUGACCCUCAAGUCAUUAAACAGCGAGAGGACCGUAAAAAAAAGAAGAUUGAGAAACAAAUUCGCAGACUCGAGAAAAAUGCCCGCCAACUGAAGCCAGUGGAAGAGCUGGAGGUGCCGCUGGAGCUUAUCGAUGACAAGGCAAAACGGCUACGAAAGCUGCCCCAACUUAACGGCGCGGAGCAGGAAACACGGGCGCUUCUAAUCAAAGAGUGGGCACGCUUUAAGCACAAUGAGAAAGUAGCUGACUUCCAAAUCAUUGACCGCUUGUUGCAGUCCCAGAACAAAGCACUGGACGAGCUGCGCAAUGAGUCAGAGGAACUUUAUCAGGCUGCCAUCGAAGUGGACCUGCAACUGCUUGCGGUGCCACUAAAAGGACCCGUCUCAACUCCACCAAUCAAAAAUUAUGUGAGCCCCGACGGCGAUUACAAUCAUCAGUCCAUGAAGUGGGAAUAGAUGGCUCAACCAAUAUAUUAAGUAAAAGUUGUGUUUUGUUAAAUUAAUUAAAGAACAAAAGCAAAUUGUAUACAAUUUUCUGUAUAAUUGUCCUAAAAAAAACUUCCCCCAAAGAACAGACAAAAACUUGUGCAACAUAUGAACUAUAUUGUAUUGUUUAUAUUUAUUACAAUAUAGUUUUAAACAGUUAAAAAUGCAAGAGCGUCGAUUUAAGUGAAUUUUAAAUAAUGAAUUCUCGAAAGCACUGCGAAGUGUGUGAUUUUAUUUGGGUUUAUCGAUUGAUUGUGUUAACUUUUCAAAUAAAUAAUACAAAAGGAAUGACACCCAAAUUACCUUCUGUAGUAUGUUCUUUGCUUAGCUUCGAACCAUCGCGAACUAUCUAGGAGGGUGUGGUUGCAGUGGUGGCAUUGCUUUUGGCCGCUGCCUGUCGCUUUUUAACGCCCCAAUUGUAGACACGAGCCAUGUUCACUUCAGUUGUCGUAAUUUGAUCUCUGCAAUCAAUAGUAAAUACAUUUAAAUGGAUCUUAUCAACAAUGAAAGAUAGCUCACUCACCUAAGGAAGUCCUGAUCAUGCUCUAGGGACUUCAGAUUGCCCACUGCAGAUGUAAUGUUUUGCUUUAACAGUGCCUCUGCCUCGUCCAAGGGAUACUCCAGCAUUACACUGGCACCCAGCCAAAGA